AUGUCCGGUAUUUGUGACCCACUGAAGCCUGCCCAAGGGUCGCCACUACUGGCACGCGAUGUCCCUGAUGUGGUCACCAUCACCAGUACCUGUUCUGAAGACAGAACCCGUCCCAAGGCCUCGCACGAGUUUCGCUUCCAAGGACAUCCGAAACCAGGUGGCGCAAUCAUCUAUCAGAUAGGCGAUGGACAAAUUCAAGCACCCGGACCUGGGCAUGCUUUUCCACCGACUCACUUUGUUACCACUACAAGGCAACCUAGCAUUCCGACAAGCAGCUCCAGUAUUGUGGCGCGUGAUGCUACCACGAACUCGACCACAUCUGUGUCCAGCACUCAGAUAUCCCACGAGACAACCGGCUCCUUCUCAACCAGUGUCUCGGACGUCUCUCUGACAAGACUCACCACAUCUGCCGUCCAGAGUGCUACGCUGCCGGGUCCCACAAGCACGUCGGGCAGCAUCAACAGCGUCCUCCAGACAUCUUUACAGCCUUCUGCUCCGCCAUUUCCUACGUCGAUCGGGUCGAGUGAUAUCUCGAUUGUCAAUCCGUCUACACUACCUAGUCCUUCGUCGACAUCAGUCGUGGGAACGUUGUCUGCCAGUGACAUCUUCCGACCUAUCGGUACUGGUGCUCCUCUUGUCCCCGACGCACCUAAAGAUCACCCCUGUCCGAGGAUCGGCAUUCAGCCGCAAAGUCGCAGACUGCAGACGAACAAAUUCUACUCUGCCCUAUUCUUGAACGAACAAAAGUCGCCUGUUUUCACUUUCCCCUACUCUGUUCAGUGGGCAAAGGGCGACGGUCAGCUGCAGAGUUGGGGCUUUGUGGUCUCCCAUACCGAGCCAGAGCAGUGGGCGAGAGCUGAUGGCCAACCGGGAAAGGAUGCUGGGCAGUGGGCAUUCUUCGGAGCUCCAGUGGGAGUGGAGUAUAUCAUCCUCUCAGCUAGCGAGCUUGUGGUCAACAGUGCAAACAUGACUCCAGGCCUUACUACCGACACGCUUGAGUGGGGAUCGGUCAAGGCCAAUCUGUUCCCGCCAGAGUGGAUGACGCCUGUCAUGACACUUCCGCUGCUGCAGGGCUCAGCCUACAUCACUGCAGAAUAUCACUGGGGCAAGCCUCUGAUCCAAUCAAGCGUCGGCUUCAAGAACCUCACCUUCGCCGGAGCGCUGCCGAACAAUCUUACGCACAAGUAUGUGGCCUAUCUGCACAACAAUCACAAGUGGCUCAUCUACAUCACUCCCCUCGACUCAUCGUAUGAGGUCAACCGCUUUGAUCUGGACGGAAGGGGAAGCUCCAUCAAUGGGCCAUCGCUUUUCAACGGUGUCAUUCAAGUCGCCAAAGUCCCGCGAGCAGAUGGCGCUGCAACGUUGAACGUGCGAGACAAUGCAAGUCCGGAGACAGACCCUGAAGUGAUUUAUGAUCAAUCUGCGGGCACAUACCCCAUCGGAGUCAACAUCACUGGAACCGUCGACGGAAAGACCGGAAGUUACACCUUGUCAUGGACCAAGAACGGGACUCAAGACCAAGAUCUCCUCAUGUUCGCCCUGCCUCACCACACCGAGUCAAUGAGCUACCCCGACCAGAAUGGACUCACGAACCUGCAAAUGAGAACAACAACGAAAGGCAUGGCCACUGCUGUCAAAGGCGACUCAUGGACAAUGACAGAAAAGGACUUGCCUAUCGAAAUGGGUUUCUCACCUUGGACACCCAAAGUAGGAAAUGUUGAUAGAUAUUCUGACCCCGUGUUGGAGGCAGUGGAGAGUUUUGGUGCAGAUGACAUUCGCGAGGAUAUUCUUGGUCAAACCAACGUAAGCAGUGCAUAUUACGAUGGCAAAGCGCUGGCCAAGUUCGCUGCCAUCUGCUAUGCUCUGCAUGACGUCGUCGGAAACGAUACAUUGGCACUGUCUGGACUUCAACCUCUGAAACAAGCCUUCGGCCAUCAUCUUGAGAACAGACAAAGAUGGCCCUGGGUCUACGACGAUAGCUGGGGUGGCGUGGUCAGUGUCGCUUCCUACGAGACCAACAAUCCUUUGGAAGACUUUGGCAAUCCAUACUACAAUGACCACCAUUUUCACUACGGCUACUUUGUCUACGCUGCUGCAGUUAUUGGAUAUCUCGACCCCGAAUGGCUGGCCAACUCAACGAACACAGACUGGGUCAACAUGCUCGUUAGGGACUACGCUGGCUCAGACCUUGACGAUCCUUACUUCCCCUUCUCGAGGGCUUUCGACUGGUACCACGGACACUCCUGGGCCGCGGGCCUCCUAGACUCCAGCGACGGCAAAAACCAAGAAAGUUCCUCCGAGGACACCAUGGCCAGUUACGCAAUCAAAAUGUGGGGCUCAGUAACUGGUGACCAGUACAUGGAAGCUCGCGGUAAUCUCAUGCUCGCAAUCCAAAAGCGUAGCUUCGCAGACUACUACCUCUACUCCUCCGACAACAACGCCCAACCGCCAAAAUUCAUCGGAAACAAAGCUGCAGGAAUCCUCUUCGAGAACAAGAUCGAUCAUACGACGUACUUUGGUGCCAAUCCGGAAUACAUUCAAGGCAUUCAUAUGCUUCCUCUUCUGCCUUUUAGCACCUAUAUCCGAGACUCGAAGUUCGUGUGCGAAGAAUGGGAUGCGUAUUUUCGGGAUCCGGAUGUUAUUGGCGCGGUUUCGGGCGGGUGGCGAGGAAUUCUGAUGGCGAAUUAUGCUAUGUGCAAUACUACGACGGCGAGAGAGGCGUACGAAUUUUUUACAGCUGAUGAUUUUGAUGCGAGCUAUUUGGAUGGUGGCGCGAGCAAGAGUUGGUAUACGGCUUUUGUGGCUGCUUUGGUUGAUGGGGUGAUUGUUUGAGAUGAGAAGAGGAGGGGUUGGGUAAGUAUUUAAAGAUGGGCACGAUACUGACAUACAGGGACGAGGUUUGAGGAGGAUGUUUACUUGGCUGCUUUCGGGAUACAACGUGGCUGCAACUUGUUUUUGGCGUCUGGGGUGUUGACGGAACGAUAGACGGAAGGAUAUGAUGAUACCAACUAGGGGAACUUGGAUAGACGGGGACUUUGACGAUGUUACGAUAACACGAUAUAAUUAUGCAUGUAUGAAUUGUGGGCAAGGGGG